GGCCGGAUUGAGUCCGGCUUUUAAGGCUGGGGGAUGAGUCCAGGCUCGGGCAGAUGGUUGUAAAACUGUUGUAUUUACGUUUCAAUGUUUAGCGCUCGAUUGUGACUCGACUCGGUAAGAGAGAGAGAGAGAAAGAGAGAGAGAGAGAGGGUUAUCAUGGCCGCUCAGGUCGCUAGCGCUACCUCUCUCAACAGCAGCUCGCCUUCCGAGCUCAAAAAAGCGGACCGAGACCCAAAGGAGGAGUCGGUACCGGCCGAGAAGCAGCAGGAAAAUAAGGAGCCGGGAUCUGAGAGUGGAUCACCGGGCCGCGGCGGCGAACUGCAUGACCGGCCCGAGCCUGGCAAUGCUAUGGCAGCAGGAGGAGGGGAGUCCGAGAUGAAAAACGGCAAUCCUCCGCGGCUCCCCAAUAAUCAAAAUGAUUCGACCGGACCCGAAGCGAAUAACCACCCGGGCAUGGCGCACCAGCACCAGCCGUCCGGAUUUGCGCCGCCGUCCUACGGCUACGCGCACCACUACUCACGGGGCCCUUUUCAUCAACAUGGCGGACAACAAAGCCCUGGCAUGGCAGCCGCGGCGCCCAGCAACAUGAUGGAGCCGUAUGGACCGAACUCGCACGAGCACGGCUUUCCGAACCACCAGUUUAACAACUAUGGGCAGUUUCCGAACCGGGCGCCUUAUCCGGGCCCGGGCUAUGGAAUGAGUUCGCCGCGCAGCGCUCCGGCUCAGGCGGCUCAGGCGGCUAAACAGCAGCAGCAGCAGCAGCAGGCAGCGGGAGGAUCUCCCACUAUGGCCGCGUCAUAUAAUAAUCAGCGUUAUAAUAUUGCAAAUCCACAAGCUGCAUCGACACCGACUCUCAACCAGCUCCUAACGUCGCCGAGCUCCAACCGCGGCUACAGUAAUUACCAACCGAGCGACUACAACAACCAGGAAGGCGCUAACAAGGGAGAUAUCAAUCCUGCUGCUGCCCAGUACGCAGGCGGCCAUCCGGGCUGGCAACAAAGAACCCAUCUCCCCUCUCCAAUGAGCCCGGGAAGCACGGCUCAGAGUCUGGGUAGAAACCAGACACCAGGCUCCUUGGAUCAGAUGGGGAAGAUGCGUGGUCAGCCAUAUGGAUCAAGCAGCCCAUACUCACAGCAGCCCCACCAAGGACCUCCAGGGGGCCAGCAAGGGACUGCAUAUCCAGGCCAGGCCUUUGGCUCUACUGGUCCUCAAAGAUACCCCAUAGGCAUGCAAGGACGCAUGCAGUAUGGUCAACAGAUGGGAUAUGGACAGCAGGGACCAGGCAGUUAUGGGCAGCAGGGGCAACAGCCCUAUUAUGGGCAGCAAGGUCCGGGCCCUCACCCGGGUCAGCAGCAGUCACCGUAUCCACAGCCUCCACCGCAAUCUACCCCUCACGCUCAGGGUGGACAUCCCUACCCACAGCCACACACGCCCCAGCAGUCUCAAGGGCCAAUGGGUGCACCUCCACAGGGCCCAGCCCAAAAUCAACAGAGUCCCUACCCUCAGCCUCCUGCAUCACAGUCCACUCAGUCCCCAUACCCUCAGCAGCAAGCCCCCCAGACCCAGCCUCCUCCGCAGGGUGCCUCUCAGGCUCCUCCAGUGUCACAAGCUCAGCCCAGCUACACACCCAGCCAGCAAUCUCCAUCUCAGCAGAUCCCACAAGUACCAACGUCAGCCUCACAGCAGCCCUCAGCGCAGGGGCAGCCGUCAUCAUACUCCCAGAAUGCUUCGCAACAGCAGCAGUCUUCUUAUCCACGAUUUCCUCCUCCACCUCCUCAGGAGAUUUCCCAGGAGUCUUUUAGCUCACAGCCCAGUAGUGCUCCUUCCAGUCAGCCAGUAGCCUCCACUAAGAGCUCAUCUGAGGAAAUGCAAGGACGACCCUCCAGUCUACCUGACCUGUCAGGCUCUAUUGAUGACCUGCCCACUGGUACAGAGGGAGCGCUCAGUCCUGGUGUCAGCACGCCUGGAGUGUCUAGCAGUCAGGGUGAACAGAGCAACCCUGCACAGUCGCCAUUUUCCCCACACACCUCGCCUCACCUGCCCGGCAUCAGGGGCCCCUCACCCUCCCCUGUCGGCUCACCCGCUAGCGCAUCAGCCUCCCGCUCGGGCCCCCUAUCUCCAGCAACCAUGCCAGGAAAUCAGAUGCCUUCUCGUCCCCCUAGUGGUCAGUCUGAUGGUAUUUUGCACCCUGGUAUGAAUCAGCCUGGCUUGGGCCAGGACAGAGGAUUUAUGCAAAGAAACCAAAUGCCACCUUACGGCUCUCCUCAGUCUGGCUCCGCCCUGUCGCCUCGCCAGUCGUCUGGAGUUCAAAUGCAUAGCGGAAUGGGGCCUUUUCAGCAGAAUAACUCAAUGAGUGGAUUUGGGCCUCAGGGUGGCCAAUAUGGCCCACAAGGUUACCCCAGGCAACCUGGCUACAGUGGUAUGCCCAAUGCUAACUACUCAGGCCCUGGCAUGGGUGGAUCUAUGAGCCCCAUGUCUGGACAGGGAGGAGGGCCACCGUUUGCUGGAAUGCCACCUAAUAGAAUGCCACAUGGACAGAUGGGUGUACGACCUUAUGGACCUAACAUGGGGCCCAACAUGGGGCCUAAUAUGGGCAACAUGCCCCCUCAGGUGGGAUCUGGGAUGUGCCCACCACCAGCCCUCAACAGGAAGCAGCAAGAAACAGCAGCCAUGCAACAUGGAUCCACAAAUUCAAUACAUACCAGAAUGCCUGGUUAUCCCAACAUGUCUCCCGGUAUGAUGGGCUCAGGACCUCCAUACGGGCCCUCCUUGAAUAACAUGCCAGGAAUGAUGAACACCCAAGGACCACCAUAUUCUAUGGGUGGAAACAUGCCAAACAACAGUGGGAUGUCCCCUGGUCCAGAAUUUGGCAUGGAUGGGAAACUGAACCAAGCACAGAAGAUAAACAACAAGGUUGAGGGAACACCCAAGACAGAGUCCAAAUCAAAGAAGUCCAGUUCUUCUACUACUACCAACGAAAAGAUCACACGUCUGUAUGAGCUAGGUUCUGAACCAGAACGCAAGAUGUGGGUGGACCGCUACCUAGCCUUUGUUGAAGAAAAAGCCAUGGGCAUGACCAACCUGCCAGCUGUAGGCCGCAAACCACUCGAUCUGUUCCGUCUCUACAUGUGUGUUAAGGAGAUUGGUGGUCUUACACAGGUAAAUAAAAAUAAAAAGUGGAGGGAGCUUGCAACAAGCCUGAAUGUUGGCACAUCCAGUAGUGCAGCCAGCUCACUAAAGAAGCAGUACAUUCAGUGUUUGUAUGCUUUCGAAUGCAAAAUCGAGCGUGGAGAAGAUCCACCACCUGACAUCAUGUCAACAGAGACCAAAAAGAACCAAGCUAAGGUCCAGCCACCUUCUCCAGCUGGAUCUGGUUCCCUGCAGGGACCUCAGACACCCCAGUCCACAAGCAGUUCCAUGGCUGAGAGUGGGGACCUGAAACCUCCUACUCCUGCUUCCACGCCACAUAGCCAAAUGCCCCCAAUGCAAAGUGGCAGGAGCAGUGUGAACCUUCAGGAUCCAUUUGCUGACAGCAGUGACCCAGCUUUCUCUAGGAGAAACGCUAUGACCCCCAACUCAGGCUACCAGUCUGGGAUGAGCACUCCAGAGAUGCCUGGCCGCAUGGGUCCAUAUGAACCGAACAAGGAUCCGUUUAGUGGUAUGCGUAAAGUUGGAGAGUCAUUCAUGCCUGGAGGACAGGGACCUAAUAGCACAAUGGGAGAGCAAUUUAAUCGUGGAAAUAUGCCCAUUGGACAGAGACAGCAGUAUACAUAUGGGCCAAACUACGACAGAAGGCCAGAAUCAGGGAUGGGCCCAGAAAGCAAUAUGGGGCCUGGUGUUCCACAGCCAAACAUGAUGCCUUCAAACACUGACACUGGGAUGUACUCACCGAAUCGCUACCCUUCACAGCAACAGAGGCACGAAUCCUAUGGCAAUCAGUAUCCUGGCCAGGGGGCGCCUCCUGGUGGCUCAUAUCCAAAUCAGCAACCAGGGAUGUUUCCACAGCAACAGGCAAACUACAAAAGACCAGUUGAAGGAGGAUACCCUCCAGCAAAGCGCCAUCACGAUGGAGAGAUGUAUGGCGGGCCUUUUGGUGGCCAGCAGCCACAGCAGCAGUCUCCAGCUCCUCCUACCGGUCCUUCAUCCACUCAGCCAGAGAUGUACAACCAGUAUGGCGGCUCCUACCCGGGUCCAGAACGCCGGCCCCCUGGAGCACAAAACCAGUUCCCUUUUUCUUUUGGAAGAGAUCGGAUACAGCCUGGCUCAGGUCCAAACUCCCAAGGUUCAAUGCCCACUCAAAUAAUGAGCAGCUCUAUGCAGCCUGGACCCGACGGCCCACAGGCUGGCAUGUGGCAGAGCCGGGGUGAGAUGGGUUACCCCAACUAUCCGAACAGGCAAGGACCUCUUGGAGGACCCGCGCAGGGCCCGGGAUACCACGGCAUGAAUCGAUCCGAAGAUAUGAUGUCGUCUGAGCCGCGUAUGAACCACGAAGGACAGUGGCCAGGAUCAAGACAGCCGCCAUAUGGCCCAGCAGGAGCCGGUCCACCCAUGAGCCGACCUCUCCAGUCCAACUACCAGCCUCCUCAAGCCAUGCAGAACCACAUUCCACAGGUGUCCAGCCCAACGCCCAUGGUCAGGCCCAUUGAGAGCAGGACCUCCCCCAGUAAAUCUCCUUAUAUGCACAGCAACAUCAAGAUGCAGAAGGCAGGGCCACCAGUGCCAGCGUCCCACAUCAUGCCUGCAUCGGGGCAACCCCCGAUGUUAAGAAGAGACCCUCCAUUCCCUCCAGGCUCUGUGGAGGCCACACAGCCUCUUCUCAAGCCUCGCAGACGGCUUACCAUGAAAGAUAUAGGUACUCCAGAGGCAUGGCGGGUUAUGAUGUCUCUAAAAUCAGGUUUGUUGGCUGAAAGCACAUGGGCUUUAGACACCAUCAACAUCCUGCUGUAUGAUGACAACAGUAUUGCCAAUUUUAACCUUGCUCAGCUCCCAGGCUUCUUGGAACUAAUAGUGGAGUAUUACAGACGUUGCCUUAUUGAGAUCUUUGGCAUUCUAAGAGAAUAUGAAGUUGGUGAUCCAGGACAGAGAACUCUAUUGGACCCUAAUGCUCUUAAAGAUGAAGAGAAUAACGAGCUCGAGGAAGAGACCAUGGCGGCAGCCAUGGAAGACGAUGAUGAAACAGAAGAGGAGGGUGACGAAGAUGAAAACUCAUCUCAGCUUGUGGAACGUGUGGCAGCAGCACAGUCAGAAAAAACGACCGAAUCGAAGAAAGACGAGAAUAAAAAGGAGAUACCCACAGAGCCCAAAACAUCAGAGCCACCCUCUGCUGAUGCUAGUGUCACUCAGGAAAGACCAAAACAGGCCAGCAAAUUUGACAGGCUUCCCGUGAAGGUGGUGAAAAAGAAGGAUCCUUUUGUUGUGGAUUGUUGUAACAAGCUUGGGCGGCUUCAGAAGUUUGACAGUGGUCUGGUGCACUGGAGUAUUGGUGGUGGAGAUACAACAGAGCACAUUCAAACUUAUUUUGAGAGCAAAGUGGAUCUUUUGCAGCUGAAGCAGACACGGCCUGUCCAGACAUGUAAAAGGAAGGAAGUGUCUGAGAAGCAAGCAGAGACAGAGGCACCGAUAGAACCCUCAUGUAAUGUGGAUCAAAGUAAAGAGGAGGACCAGACGCAAACUCUGCCAUCCUCAACAAGACAACCAACAGAAGAUGUUUCAGAUGUGAAGAAGGAGAAACCUGCUAAUGGCCCUGAAACAUCCUUGGAACCAGUAUCGGAUAAAGAAAAGGAGGAGGCACAGACAGAGGAAACCAACCAGGAGACGAGCAAGCCUGUUCUUCCCAGCAUAACCACCUCUCAGCACUCUGUAUUAGAGGAUGAACCUCACAGCAAGGACGAAGCCCCACUAAUUACGCUUUCAGAAUGGCAGGACUCGCUUGCCCGCCGCUGCAUAUGCGUCUCCAACAUUGUCCGCAGUCUUUCAUUCGUCCCUGGAAAUGACUUGGAGAUGUCCAAACAUCCAGGGUUGCUGCUGCUACUGGGCCGCCUCGUGCUGCUUCAUCAUCGGCACCCCGAGCGUAAACAGGCACCAUUGACAUACGAAAAAGAAGAGGAAGCGGACAAGGAAGUAAGCCACAAGAACGAAUGGUGGUGGGACUGCCUGGAGCUGCUGCGAGAGAACUGCCUGGUCACCCUGGCCAACAUCUCAGGUCAGCUGGACUUUUCUAUCUAUUCGGAGAGUAUCUGCCUUCCUCUGCUCGACGGCCUGCUCCACUGGGCCGUUUGUCCUUCGGCAGAAGCACAGGAUCCCUUCCCCACUCUUGGGCUUAAUGCAGCCUUAUCUCCUCAGAGACUGGUUUUGGAGACUCUCAGCAAACUCAGUAUACAGGACAAUAACGUGGACCUCAUUUUAGCAACCCCUCCCUUUAGUCGACUAGAAAAGCUUUUUGGGAAUCUUGUACGCCUGGUCGGAGAACGAAAGGUGCCUGUAUGUCGAGAGAUGGCAGUUGUACUCUUGGCCAACCUUGCCCAGGGUGACAGCCUAGCAGCCCGUGCCAUUGCGGUACAAAAGGGCAGCAUAGGAAACCUUUUGAGCUUCCUUGAGGACAGUUUAGCAGCCACACAGUUCCAGCAGAGCCAAGGGUCCCUGUUGCACAUGCAGGGGGCACACUUCGAACCCACUAGCGUGGACAUGAUGCGUCGGGCUGCUCGGGCUCUACACGCCCUUGCUAAGGUGGAGGAGAACCACUCUGAGUUUACGCUUUACGAGUCACGGCUACUGGACAUCUCCACCUCACCUCUUAUGAACUCCUCAGUGUCUCAUGUCAUCUGUGAUGUACUCUUUUUGAUUGGCCAGUCAUGACAGCUGUGGGGAGCGGUGGCUCCACCUUCUCUGGUUUUUAUUUUCUCCUCACCGCCUGUGUCCUUGGUGAGCAGGGAGUGGAAAACAGAGAAAAAUGACUGUUCCCCCUUUUUUAAUUUAUGCAAGCCCUUCGGAUUUCACCCUUCGAGUCCUAUUUUUGCUGUGUCACAUUUUGGGGAGGUUCUCACAAAUUAGCUAUGGAUCGUAAACUAACCUCAAAAAUGGACACAAACUGUAAACUCUGAUGCCAACUAAACGAUACUGACUGGGACCCCAGGUUUUAUGUUUUACUCAGUGGGGAAAGGGUCACAUUUUUAUAGCAAAAUAAAUAAAUGAAUAAAAUAAAUAGAAUUUUGACCAAAGUUGCUGUCGCGUUUACAGUGAGUUUGGGGUUACCUGCACCCUUGCUUUCCCCUGAAGGGCAAAUUAGGUGCAGAGUUCUAGUUCAUAUUUGAGUCUGUUUAGACAAGUGAGCAUUCUGAUGGUGUUGUAGGUGUACUGUGAUGCUGCACUGUCAUCCCUACUGGAGCUGCUUAUUAGCCAUGAGCAUAAUAACCUUGCAGUAGAGGCUUGUGGAGUAGAUUGUAUAUGUUUUCCAUACAGUUCUGUACUCCGAACAACUGAACACAAUGCAGCAUUGUUUCUUGUGGAAAAAUCCUGGCUCAGCAGCUUCAUUCUAGUUUUAAACAAUUUUUAAGAUUCGGUUUGAUGGCAGAGAGAUAAAGGCUUUCUCCCCCAAAGUAUUGAAACCUGGGACAUUGUCAGCUCUUCUGUCAAACCCCUUGAUUGUAUGACUCGCCCCUUAUAAAGAAAUCACCUCCUCGGACUGAUUUUCAUCUAAGAUACAGCCCAGGCUGUGAUGUAUAUAAGAUGUUGUACAUUACACUUUUUUCUGUCUCUCUUUCCUGCCCUGUCUUUCACUCUUAUGCUUCACACUUCUUACCUUUGAAGAAUGAAAGUGGACACUUGAGUCGGGUUCAUCGCAUAAAAUCCUUAGGUAUAUAAACAGAACCACCUUUCGGCCUCACCACAGUUUCUCCAUAGUACAGCAGACACAAAUAUUUUAAUUUCAUCUUCUGGUACAACAAAAUAAACUCUAGAUAAUGAAACACGGUUGAGAUAUUUUUUUCUCCAGUGAUAUGAACUCUUCAUAUUUGUAUUUCGAACUAUGUAGCUAAAACGUAAUGUAAAUUCUUCCUUUUUUCCCUUUUUUGGCUCAAUGAAUAUCAUUUAUUCAGUAUGAAAUCUUUAUACUAUAUGUUCCAUGUGGUAAAAAUAAAUGUACAUUAAAUCUU